UACAACAAAGUUAAUCAUGCAGUAAAUGUUAUUAAAAAAAAUAUAUCAUUUUUUCUAGUGCUACAGGAGAGAAAUGGACAACCGCAAUGCCAGUUAAUUUUUAUACUGAACUGUUACACUUUUUCCUUUUUCUAACAUUACUGUUUGAGAAUCAUCAAACAUUAUCAAAUUGGUUUGACAAAGUUUUAUCCAGCAAGAAUGCAACCCACCCUGCCUUUCAGCUCUGGGAGGAGUAAUAAAAGGAUAUCCUACAGGGAAGUACACUGUCUUAGUUUAUAUUUAUGCUAAUCAUUUUAUCUCUGCCACAACAACCAUGUAGCCUAUGAAAAUAUUCCUUUUUUCACUAACUUCCACUAAAUAUAGAUAUUAAAACCCAACGUUGCAUGUGUUAUUGAACAAACUGAAUUCUGUUCCUGUUCCUUAUCUUGUCAAUAUGCACAGAACUUUAUUUUGACACUGACAAUAUAUAAAUAUGAGAAAAAAACAUUCAGAAAAGUCUGUUCCCUGUCACGGAUCAAAGACUGUUUUUGGACACCUUUACCCUGUGCUUGAGCUCCAGGCGUGGCCACACUGUUUGGAAUGCUGUGGUUAACAACCUUUGUGCCAAACAAUGGUCAGUAAUGUGCAAAGGUCUGCGAGGUUGGACUCUGUCUUCCUGUUUAACUGUUGGGACUGAACAGUGGUAAGUGAAAAGAGGCAUUCAGCGAGGUUAGACUUGUGGAGAGAACAAUGCCUGCUUCCACAAGGAAACAGAGACUGUCUAGGUACUAUUGAUUUUAUCUGCUCCGUGGCUGUAGUUUGUUUGUUUAAGGGUUGAAAAGUUCAUUGCUAAUGCAGAAUAUAAAGGACAGAUUUGAAGUUGCCUUAUAAACAGUGGAAGGGUAAGCAUCAGAUAUUUGCUUUGGAUCAGUCACUAUUUUCUUACCAGCAUGUGUGUGAAUAUUAUCAGCACAUGAAGUUGACUGUUUUUGUUUCUGAUUGUUAUUGCUCUUUUUUUUUUACCCUGGGGACUGAAAUCUGUACACACAGGCUCAGAAAUCUAUCGUCAGGCAAUAACAGCUGUCACAUAACCCACGCGGAUAGUAAUAACACAACGGCGCCUACACAUUCACACAGUUUAUCCCCUUAAGUCGAGGAAAAUGACACACAAACGCGCCCUCCUAGAUCCCCAUUCAGUUGCACUGCCCGAGGAAGCUGCUGUGCAGAGAGCCGUUGUAGCAGGUGAUCGCCCUUAUUUGGUAAUGGCUCAGAUCAUGUGACCACAAAAUGGCGGUAGCUGUGAUGUGUUUUGUAAGCUGAGCAUCUCCGCCGAGAGGCUGGGAGCAGGAAAUAGGCAGGGAACUUGGAAGCACAUCCAUGCUCUGAGACGCGGGAGGACACACAUUCCUGAGCCCCAGCAGUGGUCCUCCUGGGGAUGGACCUGGCGUCAGAGAGUAAAAUGAACUCUGAGGGGGGCGAAGGCAGACCCGUCCCUCCUACCUCUCUUCCCCUACAAGGAGGCCCCACCCAGAGAAAAAAGCUAUCGGCCCCCCGCAUCAGCCUGUCACUGGACCAGAGCGAGGAUGACUUGGGGGAGACGCCAGAUGAUCUCGACAUCAACGUUGACGAUCUCGACACUCCGGAUGAGGGGGACUACCUCGACUACACGGACCACGAAAUGGACUGGGAAGACCCAAAUGUAGGCAGUAGGAGUGGGACAGGUGAGCCAUAUGACCCAAUCCCGACAUACAGCGCUGAGGAGGAGCGCCAGGACGGCAAGCUCUGGAGGACGGUCAUCAUCGGGGAGCAGGAGCACCGCAUCAACAUGAAGAUCAUUGAGCCCUACAUGAGAGUCAUCUCCCAUGGAGGCUACUAUGGCAACGGAGUGAAUGCCAUCAUAGUGUUUGCUGCCUGUUUCCUGCCAGAUAGUGACAGAGAGGACUACCAUGAAAUAAUGGAGAACCUCUUCCUCUAUGUGAUUAGCACACUGGAGCUGAUGGUGGCGGAGGACUACAUGAUCGUGUACCUGAAUGGAGCCACACCCCACAGAAGAAUGCCGGGUCUUGGUUGGCUGAAGAAAUGCUAUCAGAUGAUUGAUAGAAGGCUCAGGAAGAAUUUGAAAUCCUUCAUUAUUCUCCAUCCAUCAUGGUUUAUCAGGACCAUUCUAGCCAUUACCAAGCCGUUCAUCAGCACCAAGUUCAGCAGUAAGAUAAAGUAUGUGAACAGUUUGGACGAGCUGCAGGAACUCAUCCCCAUGGAAUACAUCCAGAUCCCAGAGUGCAUCAUUAGACUUGACAAGGAACUGAAGGAAGCAGCGGAGAACUCAAAAGUGCAUAGUUUUCUGCAGGGGCCGGAGCCAACAGCAGCAGGCAGAACAGACAGACCCGAUGUAGCCGGUGCCAGCAGCUCUUGAACCCAAACACCCUAAGUGGAUGGGUCACCCCAGUGUUCAGAAGUCACUGUUGUUUUGUGUGACUGCGGCUGAAAAGCAGAGGCAAAGGGAUGUUAAGAUAGUGUAUGUGUGUGUGUGUCUGUCUCAGUGUUUGUCAAUUAGACAUUGGAGUUUAAUAUGAAAACACAAUUUACAAUAGUUAACACUCAGAUCUCAUUCUUUAUGGCUGCUUUAGCAUCUACUGUACCUUACACCUGCAAACCAGAGAACUAUAUAGUCAAGUGUGAUGCUUGGCAGCACCUACAGAGUAGCAUCAGUGUUCACGGUAGGGUAGAAAGUGCAAUUACACACCAGACAGUGCACUGCGCAAAUCCAUUUGUAGAGUCUAUUGUGUUGUAAUUGUGUGCAUGAGAAGCAGUGAAGCAAUAAUAUCACCCUUUACUGGUUACACGGUCUCAGUACUUCACAGAAAGAGCCAACUUGUGUGUCAGCAAUCUACAAUAAAAGCACAAGGUGAGGCCAAAAACCUUGUGCCAUAAAUGACCAACUUUUGCAUUUCAAAAAUCCAAUCUUCUGUCUUAAUACUUAAUACUUCUAAAACUGAAAAGUAAACUCAAACUUUAUAGAGUCAAAGUGAAACAAAGGAGGAAGACGUUAAAUAUAAAAUCAAGUUAUCAGGUGUGUGUGUGUGUGUGUGUGUGUGUGUGUGUGUGUGUGUGUGUGUGU